ACUCGAGUAGAUUGUUCCCAUCUCAACUUAGUUCGUGUUCCAAAAAACCUUCCCGUAAACAUCACCCAACUGGAUUUGAGUUACAACUCCAUAACAAUUCUAUAUAACGGGGAUUUUAAACAUUUGAAUCGACUUCAAAUUCUAUAUCUCGGUGAAAACCCUCUCACAGCUAUACAGAGUUCAGCUUUUGAAGGUUUAUUGAGUCUACAGUCGUUGUUAAUGAUUGGACAUAAAUUGAAUUAUACUGCUGAUGCGCUACCAGAUGAUGUGUUUGAACCCUUGAGAUCUUUGGUAACUCUCGCCAUCAGAUCGGAU